GAUGGACAACAACACCACAAUGACCGUCUGUCUCGGGUCGUUGCGAAAUCCUUGACGCUUGAUGUCGGGCCUAUAGUUAGGCCGGCCGAUGCGACCCCGAGAUAUCCCUCACCUCCGUGCCACAACGCCACUUCGACGCCGACUAUAAGACUGCCGCUUGGGAUGAACCGCGAGCCAUUUGUGCGUCCAUCGCUGCGUCUGAGAACCAUGGCCAUGCUGCGAGUGUCAUCCUACCGAAGGUUGUUUGAGGAGCAGUGCUGGAGACAGAACGGAGCGUCGGUGGUGUCGAGGCGCAGCCCUGGCAGGGCUGGAGCGGCUGACGAAUGCCAAUGCGACAAGUAUGACUUUGCAUCUGCCAAGGCGCUCAACAAGGAAGGCCUGGUCCGAUUCACCCAGGACCACACCGUCCUCUCCGGCCUUAACAACCGCCUGGUCCGGCUGAUUGAACUGGCUCGUUGCUUUGAGGAGGAGAAUGAGUUCCUGGAGAGCCAGAUCCUGGACCUGGAGGAGAGCGGGCCCUCUGCGGGAGUCUCUGGCACCGGGGGCGCUGUGGCUGACUGCAGCCUGGACGCGGCGGUGGAGAGGCUGCGCAGAGAGAGGGAUGACAUCUUGUGUGACACGGUGGAGCUGCAGAAGGAACUGCAAUGUCUGAGGCAAGAGUUUGAGAAGGCUCUGCAGCAGAGGACCAGCGUCCAGCACGCAAGACUCGACCUCGCUGAGGAGGUGGAUGCGGUGACAGCCGAGUGCCUCGCACUCAGGGAGCAAGCUGAGAUCUACGAGCAGCAGCUAGUCUGCAUGGAGGCCCAGCGCAGCACGGCGGUGCAAUGCCACGAGUCCCAGGGCCCCCUGGGCCCUCUUGGGACCCCCGAAUCCGGGGCGCGACUGGAGUUCUGCAGCCCAGACAUUACCCCCGGCCUGCAGAUCAAAGCGUACUACGGCCAACUGGCAGAGAGCCUGCAGUGCGAGUGCGGAAAAUCCUCCCCUUCUUCUUCUUUGGUGCCGUCCCACGACCCGCUGCGAGAAGAGGGCGUGUCUGGACCCCCGAGGUCAAAGGGCAAAGACUCCCCAAAGAUGGCCGACUCCGGAGAACUGAAAGAGCUGGUGGGCCAGCUGCAGAAGGAGCUGGCCGAGCUGCAGAAGGGCAGCGUGGAGCUGGAGGAUGAGGUGGAGGUGAACGGAGACGCUCACCAGGAGCGGAUUGAGGAGCUGGAGUGCACCUUGGAGGAUAUGAGGGCUCAGCAGCUUGAUUUUGAAGACCAAAUCCAGGAUCAGUGUGAGGACUACCAGGAGUUGCUGUGCGAGAAGAGGACCAGAGACCUUGAGAUCGCGGCCUACAGGGGUCUCGUCGCGGAGGAGGACGACAGGCUUUGUCACCUGUAACAGGAGAGACGGAGUGAGGGACGAUCAGUCAGAAACCCUGGCACUGGAAUGGAUGGAUGCCACCGGAAUGGACUAGAAGUGGAAGAAGAGAAAAAUUGUCUCAGAGUGAAGAAGCUUAGGCGUUUUGAGGGGAUGCAAAGUUAGCGUGACAGAUUAAUACCGGCUGGAUCCCUGCACAGGGUCAGUGAUAACUGCUCUUGUCAGAUGACCCCCAGACUUCAAGAAAGAUUGGACUGUCUAAAAGCUGGGUGGCGGAAGAGGGAUGGAGGCUGUUGUGAUGAUGGGUCUGCAGUCAUUACCGAUGUGUGUGUGUCUGUUCGAUGUAUGUAACGUGCACCGCUACUACCCUUAUUGUUUGAUCUCUGUUAGCUAAACCAAUUAUACACAGAGAAACUGUUGCAUACGCGCGCACACACACACACACACACACACACACACACACACACACACACACACACACACACACACACACACACACACACACACACACACACACACACACACACACACACACACACACACACACCACACACACACACACACACACACACACUGGCAGAUCACCUCUGGUUUGUCUCCCUGUCCCCUCACCCAUCAAACAUAGUCAGAUUAGUUGCUCUUAGCCUUUGACCUUUCAGCUGUUGACAUAACGAGGGGCAGCUCUCUCUCUCUCUCUCUCUCUCUCUCUCUCUCUCUCUCUCUCUCUCUCUCUCUCUCUCUCUCUCUCUCUCUCUCUCUCUCUCUCUCUCUCUCUCUCUCUCUCUCUCUCUCUCUCUUUCCCCCCGAUUGGAUGGUAUUAAAAAUCAAGGUGCUUCAACUGUUGCAGUCACGCUUGUGGAUCGAUUAUACUCCUAACUUGCAGCGAACCAGAUAACGAGUACAAGCUGUGUGCUUCCUUAGCUAAUAAUUUUUUUAUGUACUCUGUAGCUUCAGCGAGAGUUCAAUUUGUCCCCAUGUCAAAUACUUAAGGUAGAUGAUUAUUUAGCUUUUUGUGACCUACAACUAAAGUACGAAAAUGGACUAAAUGAAGUACAAAGUUAAACGCUGUUACAUUAAAAUCGAGUAAAAUACUGUU